AUGUCCCGUGAAGAGUCGCCCUUUGUACGCGCUCCUGCCGAAAGCGAGGACUACAGCUCGAUCCACCGCGCGUUCCUACAAGCCUUCCAAACGCACAGCGUCCUCACAGUGGAUCAAAUGAAGGCUAUCCUAGCUCAUGUGAUGACUGCAUACAACCCCGAACGCCCAUGGACAGAAGGCGACGUGACCCAACCCUACAUCACCUCUACCAUCCAGACCAUAAAUGCCAAAAUCGAAGCAUUCGACUACGAGAUCCGAUCAACUCGCGAUCAGCAGAGCAAAGAUAGCAUCUAUGCCCUCGUCAACAACGCCAGCGAUGCCGUCACUCAACUCGCUACUACUUUCUCCGCAAACGAAAUCGCCUACAUAAGACGCGUCAUUGACCACAUGUUCGAAACGAACAACACCAACAUUCGCGAAGUCAUGGCCAUAAAACACACCGAAGCCUCGCAGCUCGCCCGUCUUUCACGCAGGAAUAGGCAAAGUCAGGCAACCAGCAGACAAAGUCAGAUCAAUGGCGAUGUGGAAGAUUCACAAGCCAAUACCGACACAGGCAUUUCCAUUGCGGAAGCUGAUCUCGUCCUGGAAACCCUUGUCAAGGAAGCCUUUUUUCAAAAGUCGAGAAAAGGUUACUAUUCUCUUGCCCCACGCGCACUGAUGGAAUUGCGUGCUUACCUCAAGGAGACGUAUAAUGAGUCUGCUGAGGAAAACGAAGAUGGGCGCGAAGUCAUCAGGAUCAGGGACUGUGAGGGAUGCAGGGAGAUUGUCACAAUUGGCAUCCGUUGCAACAAUCGAGAAUGUGGUGUCAGGUGGCACGAUGCGUGCGCCAACAGUUACUAUAGGAGCAGAAGAGGCAGCAGAGUGUGCCCUCGAUGCAAGACAGAAUGUUCGGGAGAUGUGUUUGUGGGAGAGCGAGCGGCUGGGACGGAAGGGAGAGCGAGCACAGGCGGCAAUCGGCGCAGCAUGCAGAACAGAGACGAGGAGGACGAGGACGAGGACGAAGAGGAAGAUGAGUGA